UGCUGAAAUGACUUCAUGGGAUUUGCGUUUCUACUUUUUUCUAUCGACACUUCUCCACUCCACAAUUGGAAAAAAAGUACGAGCAGUCAACUUUUCAGGUGAUAGGUAUCUCGAAAAUAUUAAGUAUCUCGAACUCCAACCACAGUUCUUGGCACCACUAGAGAACCAUACGGUUACUCAAGGUCGUGAUGUCUUCUUCACUUGCGUUGUUAAUCAUCUUCAAUCUUAUAAGGUCGCCUGGAUAAAAUCAGAUUCUCGAGCAAUCCUGGCAAUGCACACACAUAUGGUGACACCGAACCCUAGACUGUCCGUCACUCACAAUGGCCACAACACGUGGAAGCUCCAUGUCGUAAACGUGCAACCCGAUGACUCAGGCACAUAUAUGUGCCAGGUUAACACGGAGCCAAUGAGGAGCCAGAUCGGGCACAUGAAGGUCGUAAUACCACCGGACAUAAUAGACGUGGAGGACUCGAGCAACCGACUAACGAGCAUCGAGGGAGGAUCCGUGAGGCUGCGUUGCCGAGCAAGUGGCAGCCCCAAGCCCGAGAUCACUUGGCGCCGGGAAGAUGGCCGUAGCAUCAUUAUACGGAGUGAGAACGAACGCGCCUUGGUUAUACGAACAUAUAAGAAUGAGAAUCUGUAUUUGACUGGAAUCCUUAGACAGGAGAUGGGCUCAUACUUAUGUAUCGCAUCAAAUGGAAUACCGCCUACUGUCAGCAAGCGUUAUUACAUUAAUGUCCUUUUUAAGCCUACGAUAAUAAUAAAAAAUCAAAUAGUAUUUGCACGUAUAAAUCACAACGUCUCUUUGGAAUGCUACAUAGAGUCUUCGCCAAAGUCAUUUACGGUGUGGUACACGGAAAAUGGUCAAAAAAUAGGGUUUGAUGAAAAAUAUAUAAUAUCUGAAACAGCAGUGGACGAUUAUACUUUUCAAAUUAAUUUAACAAUACGAGGUGUUCGACCAUCAGAUUUUAAUAUAUACACUUGUUUGACGGAAAACCCUUUUGGCAAGACAAAUGCUGUCAUAAAAUUACGAGGUUGA